AUGGUUUCCGACGAGCACUACGAGAUUUGUCUUCCUAUCCUUCAGGAUACCACCCUCGAGGACGAGGACAAGACGGACAAGCUCGAGGACCUCCUGCGAAGCCAGACGACCUUGAACGGCUCCUCACUAGAUAAUGCGAUCCUCGAUGUAUUAUGGCGAUACCGUGAUGGAGGUGGAGCUGCCGCCUCUCCUCCAAUCCGCCAAACCAUCCUGCGGCGACCAUCACCUGCACCCUGGCGCGGUAGUGCCACCCCUCUUUCAGGCUCUCCGCGCCUUGGAGUUAGCCCACUUGCUCCCCCAGGCUUUGUCCCCUCCUUCACCCCGUCCUUUACGAGAACGAAAUCAUCGGCCGCCUCUCCCUUCUCCUCGCCGAGACCUUCCCCGAGACUCGCCUUUGCGACGCCCGCUAUACCUCAUAGCCCGAACCUCAACGCGUACGAAUUCGCCAGCGACAAGUCGCCUUCCCAAGAAACCUUUGGCGAUUACCAGACGGAAAAUGUAGAGUGGCUAGUGGCAGAUGAUGCCAUCAGCGUUACAUCAUCCGUUGGGACCUCAAGUGGUUUGAACGCUGCCGCCCCUGAGUUCUCGUCCAUGUCGUCGCAACAAGCCGACAUGUCUCCCUAUGACAUGCUCCGCUCAAUCCUCGGCCAGACACGGACUGAUGAAGAAAUUGAAGCCGCCCUUGCCGUCCAUGGAUAUGAUCUCAGUGCGACGAUUGUGUCCAUCAUGGAGAGCCAGGCGCAAGAAAAUGGCUAUAGCAGUCCACAGCCUGAGGAGAAUAAGGUCUCUCUCAUUGGGAAAGCGUUGGCCGCUGAAGGGCGCCCUACCACACCAGCCGGACAACGAUCGGGCGUCAUUUGCAAAUUCUAUAUGUCCACUGGACAAUGUCUCAGGGCAGAUUGCAGAUUCAGCCACGACUUGAGCAACCACCUGUGCAAGUGA